AUGGCAGACCGAGACGUCCUCCCUCCCACCGUCACCCCGUCCCACUACGACCUCUCCAUCUCGGCGCUUAACUUCGAGAAUUGGUCCUACCAGGGAAGUGUGGCCGUUGAUAUUUCCGUCGCAGAGCCCACCAAGGAGAUUAUCAUCAAUUCUAUCGAGCUCAAGCUGCUCACUGCCAAGGUCACCGUCCAGGGCACAGACACCUCUUUGGAAACCACCACUUUCACCUACGAUGAGAAGAAGCAGCGUGCAACCCUCGUUUUUGCCGCGGAGGUCCCUGCCUCACCGAAGGCCAAGCUCCAGAUCGCCUUCGAAGGAGCCCUGAACAAUGACAUGGCUGGCUUUUACCGCAGCAAGUAUAAGCCGGUCGUCCCCGCCGCGGCUUCGGUGCCCAAGGACGAGACCUUCCACUACAUGUUCAGCACCCAGUUCGAGGCCUGCGAUGCUCGCCGGGCAUUCCCCUGCUUCGAUGAGCCCCGGCUCAAAGCAACCUUUGACUUCCAAAUCGAAAUCCCCGCUGACCAGGUCGCCUUGUCUAACAUGCCCGUCAAGGAAUCUACCAAGACCCGAGACGGCUAUGUGGCUGUUUCCUUCGAGCGAACCCCGGUCAUGAGCACCUACCUUUUAGCUUGGGCUGUCGGUGAUUUUGAAUACGUAGAAGCCUACACGGACCGCAAAUACGACGGAAAGCAGAUCCCCGUCCGCGUCUACACCACCCGAGGCCUCAAGGAGCAAGGCCGUUUCGCUUUGGAGCACGCCCCCAAGACUAUCGACCUGUUCUCGGAGAGUUUCGGCAUCGACUACCCCCUCCCCAAGUCGGACUUGCUCGCCGUCCACGAGUUCACCCACGGUGCCAUGGAAAACUGGGGCUUGGUGACGUACCGGACCACCGCCGUUCUUUUCGAUGAGAAGACCUCAGAUGCUAGGUAUAAGAACCGGGUAGCCUACGUCGUCGCCCACGAGCUCGCCCACCAGUGGUUCGGCAACCUCGUAACCAUGGACUGGUGGGACGAGCUCUGGUUGAACGAGUCUUUUGCUACCUGGGCCGGUUGGUUUGCCGUCAACGAGUUCCACCCGGACUGGCAGGUCUGGGCCCAGUUCGUGAACGAGGGUAUGGAGAUGGCAUUUAAACUCGACGGGAUGCGCUCAUCCCACCCCGUACAUGUUCCGGUGAAGGACGCCUUGGACGUCAACCAAAUCUUUGACCACAUCAGCUACCUCAAGGGGUGCUCUACCUUGAGAAUGUUGGUGAACCACCUCGGAGAGAAGACCUUCCUUCAAGGCGUCGGCGCAUAUCUGAGGAAACACGCUUACGGCAACGCCAAGACGGAAUAUCUCUGGCAGGCCCUAACCGAGGCCUCUGGCGUCGACGUCAAUGGCUUGAUGGGCAACUGGAUCGAGAAGAUUGGCCACCCGCUGCUAACCGUCGCCGAGGAGCCUGGCCAAAUUUCUAUCAAGCAGAAUCGGUAUCUGUCGACCGCCGACGUGAAACCAGAAGAGGAUCAGACCGUAUGGUGGGUCCCGCUGUCCUUGCAGGGUAAGGUCGGACAGCAGGACAUUGAAAAAAUAGCUCUCACCGAGAAGACGACGACCAUCCGCGACAUCGACGACAGCUUCUAUAAGCUCAACAGCAACGCUACCGGGUUCUAUCGAACCAACUACCCCCCGGCCCGUCUCGCAAAGCUCAGCACGCAACUUGAUCGCCUAAGCAACGAAGAUAAGAUAGCUAUCAUUGGGUCCGCGGCCGACCUGGCAUUUUCGGGCUACGGUACCACGCCCUCAUUGCUCUCCUUCAUCGAAGGCUUCGGUGGAGAGACGAACAACCUCGUGUGGGCCCAGGUCCUCGACUCUAUUAACCUAGUCAAGACCAUCUUCGGCGAAGACGAGACCAUCAAGAAAGGCUUGCAAAAGUUUGUGCUGAAGCUUGUUAGCGGUGCGGUCGAAAAGGCCGGGUGGGAAUUUCCUGAAGGCGAGGACUACCUCACAGGUCUGCUGCGUAAAAGGCUGCUGCUUAGCGCCGCAGUCAACGGCCACCCAGCGAUUACCGAAAAGGCGAAGGAGUUGUUUGACGCAUGGGCCGACAAAGGAACCCCCAUUCACCCGAACCUGAGAACCGUGGUGUACCGUGUCGGUGUUAAGACGGACCCGGCCAAGGCAGUGGAGGCUCUCAAGAAAGAAUGGUAUACGGGAGCAUCGAUCGACGGGAAAGAGGUCUGCCUCGCCUCGCUAGGUCACGUCCGCGACGCCGACCUCAUCUCCAAGAGCCUCCUGCCGUUCAACUGCGACUCGUCCCCUCCCGCCCCAGCUUCGGAGUCGGUCCCGUCAGGCGAUAUGCACACCCUGGGGGGUGCCCUGGCCAACAACUCGGUCGCGCGUCCGAUCCAGUGGAAGUACACCCAGGAGCACUGGGACAAGCUGACGGCCAAAAUGGCGAACCCGGUCGUCCUGGACCGCUUCGUCAAGCUCACGCUGAACAAGUUCGUCGACGUCAAGUACAUCGCCGAGAUCGAGGCCUUCUUCGCCGACAAGGACACGAGCGGCUUCGACCGCACCCUGGAGCAGGUCAAGGACGCCGUCCGCGGCCGCGCCGCGUACCGCCAGCGCGACGCCGAGAACAUCAAGGAGUGGCUGGGCGCCAACGGAUAUCUCGAGUGA